AACCAAUUUCAUGAUUUGUGCAGGAACCUGAUCUGAGCCAUGUCUGGACUGAAUGCAUCUCUUGGAUACUUCGUGGCUGUUGUGAUUUUUUCCGCCUUGGUUCGAGCGCUCCUCAGAAAAUGGCCACGGUUUAGCUUCAUUUCUGAAUUUGCCUCCUCUUUCAUGCUGGUGGCAUGUCGGCUGGAGGUGCAGACCAUAGUAGAGGUGGGCGAGUGGGCUGGGGGCUUGGGGCCAGAUGUGGCUGCAACGAUGCUGUUUGUGUUGUUGCUGACUCAUGGUGUGAUUUGUGGUGGAGCAUCAGGGAAUCCCAGCCUGGUUGUGCAGAAGUUCCUGCAGCUUGAAGCCAGCACCCUGGCCAUGCUCCUUGCACUCGCAGCCCAGUUUGCUGGGGCUCACGUGGGCUUUCUGACAGCUUUGUACUACUGGAGGCUGGAGCUGACAGACAUGCACAUGAUCAAAAACCUGAUGAUCAGGGAGUGCAGCACAUCCCUCAUGGUCCCUGUGCUUCAGGGAUUCUUUACCGAGUUUGCCUGUGCACUUAUUUUUCAUCUCAUCAUCUUGAGCCUGCGACACAGAUCAGCUCUGAUCCGAGUUCCCCUGAUCGCUGUCCUCCUCACGUUCUUGUCCCACACUGCCAGAGGAUACACCUCAGCCUACAUGAAUCCAUCUUUGGCAUACGGACUCACCUUCAACUGUCCUGGAUUUACGUUUGCAGAGUAUGCGGUUGCCUACUGGCUGAGCUCUCUCACGGGCAUGACUCUGGCCCUGCUCCUGUACAUGGGCCAUAUUCCCAGGAUUUUUGCCAAAAACCUUCUGUAUUUCCAGAAGACACGCUUCAGAGUGCCAAAAGGAGAGAAAGCGGAAAAGAAGAAAAAGUAAAAUGUUGCCUUUUUUUUAUGUGGGAAUUGAAAAAAACGUGACGAUAAAUGACCAAUGGUUAACAUGUUUAUUUUAACUGAACAAGCCUGGAAGAGAAUUGAAAAAAAAAAUAGCAUAAAAUAGAACUUAAUUGUUCUAUUUUUCGCCUGUUUUCAAUAAAGUUAUAAUUUUCUUUUG